AUGACUAGUAGCCUAGAAAUGGGAGGUCUUAGAUCCGAAAGAUCUGAUAUCGUUGGCACUAUUAUUGGGAAUGUGAAUGAGUUGAGAGGUGGAAAAGAAAUAAAUACGGAUGGGCUCGCACAAUUACCUACGCGCGGUUGCUUUGGCGACUGCAUAUUAUUUUUUGAUGAGAUUUCCAACGACAAUCAGGAUAUUGACUGA